AAAAAAUUCUCAAAUUUUAAUGUUAAUAUUUUGAAUUUGAGCACCACUUCCUGCUUUCCUCUCUCUCUUUUUUUUCGUUCGGCCUUUGGUUUUGGGGAUCGCCAUCCCCAGGAGCUUCUCCUUCGUCAACAAAAAGGUUUUGCUUUACAAAUUUGAGCUAAAUUAUGGGUAUUGUAUAGAAGGUCGUUGCGUUACGGUUUGUUUGCAUAAUUUCAGCGUUGUCUUGGAAGCAAAAGCCCAGGGAAUGCUGGAAGAUGUGCCUAAGUGCGGACUCUGCCUCACAACUCCAUGAGGUUGUGUCUAUAAUCGAACUGCCCUUCUUGAUUCUUGCUGGUGGGGAACCCGUAAUUCAUAGCUGGUUUGUUCUCGGUUCCCAGAAGCAAGUUGGGCCUCUUAUUAUGCACGCAGCACCGGUUGUGUUAAUGCAUGACCAUUGUGAAGAUGGUUGAGCUUCUGGUGGUAUUAUAAACUCCUGCUCUGUAGAUUGUGGAUCAUACGCAGGAGGAAGUAGUGUAUUUAUUGUUUAUUAGGUUUAGAUCGGGAUGGAGAAUAAAUCGCAUGUGCUGAUGCAAAGAUAUGAGCUAGGGAGAUUGCUGGGUCAAGGCACAUUUGCCAGGGUUUACUAUGCAAGGAGCUUGAUAACUAAUCAGGGUGUGGCCAUUAAGGUUAUUGACAAAGAAAAGAUUAUGAAGGUCGGGCUGAUGGAUCAGAUCAAGCGAGAAAUCUCUGUUAUGAGACUGGUUAGACACCCUAAUAUUAUACACCUCUACGAGGUCAUGGCAACCAAAACUAAGAUAUACUUUAUCAUUGAAUAUGCUAAAGGUGGUGAGCUGUUUAACAAGGUCGCUAAAGGAAAGCUGAAGGAGGAAGUUGCAAGGAAAUAUUUUGCGCAGUUAAUCAAUGCUCUUGAUUUCUGUCAUAGUAGGGGUGUAUAUCAUCGGGAUAUAAAGCCAGAGAACUUGUUGCUCGAUGAGAAUGAUAAUUUGAAGAUCUCUGAUUUUGGGUUAAGUGCCCUCGCUGAAUGCAAGCACCAAGAUGGGCUACUCCAUACCACGUGUGGUACUCCUGCCUAUGUUGCUCCAGAAGUUAUUAACAGGAAAGGCUAUGAUGGUGUGAAAGCUGAUAUUUGGUCUUGUGGGGUUGUUUUGUAUGUAUUAUUGGCAGGCUAUCUACCAUUUCAUGAUUCAAAUUUGAUGGAGAUGUACCGGAAGAUUGGGAAGGCAGAAUUUAAAUGCCCAAAUUUUUUCUCACCAGAGGCACGUAGGCUACUGUGCAAGAUGUUUGAUCCAAAUCCCAAUACUAGGAUUUCCUUAGCCAAAGUUAGGGAAAGUCCUUGGUGCAGAAAGGGGCCAUACUCAAAAAAUAUGAAAUCUGAAAUGGGAAACAAGGAUGUGGCUCGUACGAGCGCAGAAGCUUCUACUUCCAGUGAGAAUAUUAUGGCUUCUGAGGAAAAGCAAGAACCAGGAAGACCUCCGAACUUGAAUGCUUUUGAUAUUAUCUCCCUUUCUGCUGGAUUUGAUCUGUCUGGCUUGUUUAAAAAAGAUCCUUUUUACAAAGAAGCAAGAUUCACUUCCAGACAACCUGCGAUGGUCAUCAUCUCCAAGUUAAAAGAAAUGGCUAAGCAACUGAAGCUGAAAGUGAAGAAGAAGGAUGACGGAUUGUUGAAAAUGGAUGGAUUAAAGGAAGGUAAAAAGGGGAUUUUGUCCAUAGAUACAGAGAUAUUUGAAAUCACUGCAACUUUCCAUCUUGUCGAGGUGAAGAAAUCAAGUGGGGAUACUUUGGAAUUCCAGAAGAUGUUGGACGACAUAAGACCUGCUCUCCGAGACAUAGUCUGGGUUUGGCAAGGUGAGGAAGAGCAACAGCUGCAGGAGGAGCAGCAACAACAACAACAAGAAAUCCAGCCACAUCCACAAGAAGAUCAACUGCCUCAGCAUCCGCCACAAUAGUAAAGUUACCAGCUUUCCCCAUGGUAUCAUAUUUUUGUUUGUACAUUUUACAGUCUGAUAAGUUUUCAACUUUGCAUGUUUGUCCUUGCAAGUGUCAUGACCGGCUUAAUAAACUUUGUUCCUCUUAUACGUACAUGAUUACAAUGAUAAUAUGAAAUCUCGAUUGUUGUUUUUGA